GGCCGGCGCGAUGUGCGGCAUCUGCUGUUCCGUCAGCUUCUCGGGGGGGCAGGCUGGGGACCCCGGCCCGGGGGAGGAUCUGCUUGGCAAUCUGGCACGGCGGGGACCCGGCCCUGCCGGGCAGCUGACCAGAGCAGCCGGGCGCCACCGCUGCGAGUUUGCUGGGUUUGUCUUGCCCCUCCGAGGGCCCCCGACUCCCCAGCCUCUGGCCGACGGGUCCAACAACGUGCUGCUCUGGAACGGGGAGGUGUUUGGUGGGCUAGACGUGGCAGCCGCAGACAACGACACCCGGCUGGUGUCGGAGCGCCUGUCGACGGCGGCCGGCGAGGCGGACGUCCUGGCCCUCUUGUCCUCCAUCCGGGGCCCGUGGGCCUUCAUCUACUACCAGGGCCCGCGCCGCUGCCUGUGGUUUGGCCGUGACUUCUUCGGGCGGCGGAGCUUGCUGUGGCACUUCGGGGAGGACCGAGACUUCCGCCUCGCAUCCAUCGGAGAGUCGACCGGACAGUGGAGGGAAGUCCCGGCCGCGGGGAUCUUCAAGGUCGACCUCGAGGCCUGGACCGCCGCCGGCCACGCCGUCCUGCAGGUGUACCCUUGGCGGUUCCCCGCCGGGGCAGGGACGGGGGAGGAGACCCCGGUAGGGGUGGCGGAGGGCUUGCCGCCCUUUGUGUCCGCCCAGGUGAAUGAGAUUGGGCCGAGCCUCUGGGCACCCAUCGUUCCGCUGAACCGGGAGCUGCCGCCUGCCGGCGCCGGCCCUCGGGGUCCGGGCACCUCCGGGGCUCCGGCCCGGGUGGAUGAGCUCCUUGGCCCGCUCCUGGCACCCAAACGCACCAAGGAGCUGGUCCACCAGCUGAUCGCCGUGCUGGGCGAGGCCGUCCGGAAGCGAGUUCUGUGUUUGCCGCGGGGUGACGGCGGCGGCCUCCCUCGGGGCCUAGGCCGGCCUGCCCACGUGGCCAUCCUGUUCUCCGGCGGGGUCGAUUCCAUGGUCAUCGCGGCCCUGGCCGACCGCCACCUCCCCGCAGGGGAGCCCAUCGAUCUCCUCAAUGUGGCAUUUCCGGCCCGAGCCCGCCCCCCACCCCCGGGUCCCGCUGGAAGACACGGCCAGCAGAAACCGGGCGGCGGGGGCGAGAGCGGGCCGGCGCCGGACCGGCUGACCAGCCGGGCUGGGCUCAGGGAGCUGGAGGGAAUCAGCCCCUCGCGCCCCUGGAAAUUGGUGGAGAUCGACGUCGGGCUGGAGGAGCUGCAGAGCGCAAGGCGCCAGCGGAUCGGCCGGCUGAUCCGGCCCUCGGACACCGUCCUGGACGACAGCAUCGGCUGCGCCGUCUGGUUCGCGGCCCGGGGAGCCGGGCGGGUGUCGGCCCAGGGUGGGGCAGAGCCCUACCAGAGCUCCGCAAAGGUGGUUCUCACGGGCAUCGGGGCCGACGAGCAGCUGGCGGGCUACAGCCGCCACCGUGCCCGCUUCGAGGCGCACGGCCCGGCAGGGCUGACCGAGGAGCUGGCCAUGGAGCUGGGCCGCAUCUCUUCGCGGAACCUCGGCCGGGAUGACCGCGUCAUCGGUGACCACGGCAAGGAAGCCAGGUUCCCGUUCCUCGAUGAGGACGUCGUAUCCUUCCUCAACUCCCUGCCCGUCUGGGAGAAGGCCGACCUGACCCUCCCCCGCGGGAUCGGCGAGAAGCUGCUCCUGAGGCUGGCCGCCCAGGAACUCGGUCUGCCCGGCGCCGCCGUCCUGCCCAAACGGGCCAUGCAGUUCGGGACCAGGAUCGCCAAGAUGGAGAACAGGGGCGAGAAGGCCUCGGACAAGUGCCAGAGGCUACAGGUCUCCCCCUGAGCCUCCCGCUCACCUCCACGCCCAGGGUGGUCCACGGGCUCCUGGCCCUGAGAAAAAUAAAGGCCGAUUGUUCUUGACUGCU